CUUUUUCUACAAAUUGACAGAAGUUAUUGUGUAAUUUACAGAAUGGUUUACAGGCUCUUUGUAUUUUAUGUAGCCAUUCUUAUAGUUUUGCUCAGUGCAGUCAAUGCCAGUAGUGAUCCUUUGACGCAUACACUUGAAAAGAGAGGAGUAAAGAAAUGGACAUUUUGGAAUUGGAACAAGUAUAAAAAAGCUAUAGUCGGUGAACAAAGUAAAUGGAGCACAACUUGGGGAAUACACAAGCAUAGAGGGUGGCUUUGGGCCUGGAGUGGAUCUGAAAAUGAGAAUGCUGCUGUUAGAGAUCCUUCCAAGAAAACCAAAGAUUUGGUGCUUCGUGUAAAGUAUACCGCAAAAUCAAGAAAUCCUGAAAUACAUCCCAUCGGUGGUGUUGGCUUUUUAGCUGAACCUCUUAGUAUUACAGCAAAAUCAAAAAAGGUUACACUUCAAUAUAGCGUUUUCUUUCCUAAAGGUUUUGACUUUGUGAAAGGUGGUAAACUUCCUGGCCUCUAUGGUGGUCAUGGUGAAUGUACUGGCGGCGAUGAAUCAGGUUCCUGUUUUACAACAAGACUCAUGUGGAGAACGGACGGUGAAGGCGAAAUCUAUGCAUAUCUUCCUAAUUCUAAGCAACGCAAGAACCUCUGUGAUAAUAAGAUCAAUAUCUGUAAUCCAGACUAUGGUUUCAGCUUAGGUAGAGGUACAUUUCAUUUUAAGACAGGCACCUGGACAACUGUCCGCCAGGAGCUCGUACUCAACUCUCAGGGCAAGCGUAACGGUCAAAUGAGCCUAUAUGUAAACGGUGUAAGAAAGAUUAAUGUGAAGAACGUUGCGUUCCGUUCAAGCAGCACAGGCCACGUUGUUGGUAUCAUGUUCCAUACUUUCUUUGGUGGAUCUGAUAGCACAUGGAGAACACCCAAGGAUCAAUAUUCUUACUUUAAAAACUUUAUCCUUAAAGUGUCAUAGUGCAAAUAAACUUUUUAAAGAUAACAUUGCAUGCAAUACAAAAUAGGAAAUAAGGUUUAUUAAAUGCAGACCAUAGCCAAUCACAAAAAGUAGAGAGAGAU